AUGCACGAAAAUCAAGUGCUUUCCGGAGAUAAUUUGACCCUAGAAAAGGAUUAUAACAUCUGUUCCGCCAAGAUAUUCAUAUGUUGUUUAAGUCAAGAUUAUGCAGACUCAGUAUGCUGCUGUAAGGAACUGGAGCGGGCAUUUGAACUGGCUAAGCCGAUUAUACCAGUUUUAUUGGAAAAUUUCGAUAUCGAAAACGGACUAACCAAUAAUCUGACAAGGCAAAACUUAUUCCCAUAUAUCUGUGGCAGAAGAUCUUUCAACCUAAUUUAUAAUCAAGGUUUCAAUAGCUAUUCCCUAUCUGAAAAUAUGCUGCAUCUUCUAGAUUCAUUAAAAUCAUGGCUGCAACAGUGGAAGUACAGCAAAGCUGUGAGAUGGAUCCAAGGGCUGAUCAAGCCGCCAAUCCGGUCUCCAAGUUAUGGUCCAGCCUACUAG